UUCUAAAUUCUAACAUCCUUCCAAACACUAGCAUUUACAAUAUUAAAUAAGAUAUUUAAAUUUUCGUUUGAGACAGGACAUUAUUAUAGGUAUAAUAUAAUUUAACUAGAUAAAUAUCUCUUUUAUAUACCCUUUUGUAACUGUCGGUUAAAAUUAAAGUUAACUCCAAAUUGGUUGGCCUUUUUACAUUUAAUUAAUGUUCAUAUCUAUAGAGGCCAAUGCUCUAAAUAUUAUCAUUAUGUAAUUACAUUCCACAAUAGUAUAUCCUUAGUUUAUAUUAUUAUGAUAGUUAUGUAAAGAAAUUACUUUAUACGAAGAAACGACAAAUAGAAAUAGUUUGCUUGAAAAUGUCUUACCUAACGUCCGCGUCUCUGUGUUUUUUGUUGUGUACUUAUGCACUUGCGGAUAAAAGUUUGAAUGAAGUUUUAAUGAAUGGCGAUUACGAUUUUAUCGAUUUAACAUAUCCAUUUGAUAAUCAAACGAUCUAUUGGCCUGGUAGUCAAGAAUUUCAAUUUACAAAGAAAAUUGCAAUGUUUCAACGCGAUGGGUCAUGGUACGCCGCGAAUGACUUUACCGCUGGCGAGCAUGGUGGUACCCAUAUCGAUGCUCCUUACCAUUUUUCGGUCAACGGUCAGCAAGUUGGACAGAUUCCACUCAACAAGCUUAUAAUACCACUUAUAAUUGUGGAUAUAGCUUCUAAGGUAAAUGAUGAUCCAAAUUUCGUUCUCUACAAGCAUCACUUGGAUUACAUGUUGAACGACAACAUGGGCAAACCAUGUUUGAUAAUUUUUAAAUUUGGUUGGAGCAAAUUCUCUUGGGAUAAGAAGAAAUAUUUGGGAAUAAAUAAUGAACAAUUAAAUUUCCCAGGUCUGAGCGCCGAAGUGGCUGAAUGGAUAGUUUCGAGUUAUAAAAAUGUGGUCGGCGUAGGCGUUGAUGUGGCCUCCGUCGAUCCCGGAUCAAGUACUGAUUUCCCUGUACACAAUAUACUGUUGAGAGCAGGGCUUUACAAUAUUGAAAAUGUUUAUUUCGAGCGACCUGUCCCAGAUCAUGGUUGCACGGCGUUAGUGAUGCCUAUGAAAAUUGCGAAAGGCAGUGGAGCGCCGCUUCGAUUGGUUGCAAUAUGUCCGAAAAACAAACCUGAAUUGUUUUAGGAUUUGAAUACUAUAAAAAAUAAUACAUUGUAUAAUACCACUACGAAUACGACUUUUACUAAAGGCAGAUUAUAUAAAAGACGCUUACCACAUCUGCAUCCGCAAAAAUGAACAUUUGAGGCGAGGGAAGUA